UCUUUGAAAAAAAAAAAUCCAAAGUUGAUAUCUUUUCUUAAACCAUUUAUAUACCACCACUUAUAAAAAUAAUAUCCUCCAAUCUUUCACACCAUCUACACCGUAAUCUUCUUAAUUAAUAAUAAUAAGUGAAGAUGAUAUCUUCUUCUACCUUGACCAUCCCCAACGUCCGUCCCACAUCCAUCUCCAACAGUUGCAGUUCCGACCCUAAGCCCAACCCUCCAAACACUGAUGUCUCCGUUUCCCCAACCCAAACCACCUCAGAGACUCCGUCUUGGAAGUUUAGGGGCAGCGCGCAGUUGAACCGCUGGUCCAGGGCCCGCUUCAUACGCUCCGGUCGGAAGCUCGAUCGCCCGGCCCCUGGCAUCCGUCAGGUCGACCUGUCCCCUCCGGUCCAGCAACUGGAGCAGAAGGAUUCCUCUCCUGCGAGGUCGCAUACAGAGAGUAGCAGCGAUGAUGAGGUCGAUUUGACGGCGGGGAAGUCGAUAUACAUGGUGUCUGACGGAACUGGAUGGACGGCGGAACACGCGGUUAAUUGCGCCAUGGGACAGUUCGAGCAUUGCUUGGUGGAUCGCGGGUGUUCCAUAAAUACCCACCUUUUCUCAGGGGUUGAUGAUGGUGACCAGUUGAUGGAAAUAGUAAAGCAAGCAGCCAAGGAAGAUGCAAUGCUUGUUUACACCUUAGCCGAUCCUUCCAUGGCCAACUCUGCCAAACAAGCCUGCAAGUUAUGGGGGGUGCAGAGCACUGAUAUUCUGGGACCAAUUACGGAUGCACUCUCUUCUCAUUUAGGCGUUUCACCAUCUGGUCUUCCCCGUGGAGCUCCUGGAAGGAGCUCUCUUAAUGAUGAAUACUUUCGAAGGAUUGAAGCAAUUGAAUUUACCAUCAAGCAAGACGAUGGAGCACUGCCUCAGAAUUUGCAUAAGGCUGACAUUGUUCUUGUAGGUGUUUCUCGUACUGGGAAGACACCGUUGUCAACUUAUAUUGCUCAGAAAGGAUACAAGGUUGCUAAUGUGCCGAUUGUUAUGGAUGUUGAAUUGCCAAAGGCUCUUUUUGACGUGAACUCAUCAAAGGUUUUUUGUCUGACAAUCAAUCCUCUGGUUCUGCAAACAAUAAGGAAAACAAGAGCUAAAACGAUGGGUUUGGACGCUGAAUCAAGAAUUAACUACUCGGACUUGGAUUAUGUCAGACAGGAGUUGGAAUUUGCAGGCAGGAUAUUUGCACAGAAUCCCAGUUGGCCUGUGAUUGAAAUGACUGGUAAGGCUAUUGAAAAAACUGCAGCAAUUGUAUUAAAGCUUUAUCAUGAUCGGAAACAGAAGAGCACAAUGCCGCAUAUUUCAAAACACUACUAGAAAUGGUUUUGCUCUUGUUCUCAAGCUCGGAAGAAGUACAUGUUGGUUAUAGAUAGUAGCGAUCCAUAGUAGAAUCAAAAUUUUAGGAAAAUGUAAUUAGGAACUGGGAAAACAAUGAAGCCUUAUUGACCAUGCUAUAGAAUAAAGCAAUGAAUGAAAUGUAAGUCAUCAAUUUUAAGUACACUAUGAACUGAUUACUUCUAGCAGUUUCACCUGAUGAAUGAUUAGUGAGAACUUAUGGCUGCUUUGGUUA